CCCCCGCGGCAUCCCCGGAUCCCUCAUCCUCCCCCGGACUCCGCGUCCACCCCGCUCCCCGCGCCUCCCCCGGCGGGGACACCCUCCAUCCUCCUCCCCCCUGGACCCUGCGGCUCCCCAGGACCCGCAUCCCUUCUGCUCUCCGCAUCCCCCCGGGUGGAGACCCCACCCUGAGCCCCUGAGACCCACAUCUUCCUCGCUCUUCGCAUCACCCGCAUCCCACUCCCCUGAGCCCUCCCAUUCCCCCCGUACCCCGCAUCCCCCCGGGCCGGGACACCCGUAUCCCCCUUCUGAGACCCCUGAGCCCCACUCCUGUCCCCGCAUCGCCCCGACAGGGGACCCCCGCUCCCGUGGGCUUCCUGAUCCUCCCUUGGACCCCGCAUCCCCCCGCUCUCCGCAUCUCCCCGCUCCCCGCAUCCCCCCGGGCGGGGACCCCGCACCCCGAGCCCCCCGAGCCCUCCCCGGACCCCGCUGCCCUCCCGGAGCCGGCGGGCGGCCCCCAGAGUGGCCCCACGGUCGUUGCCUCGCUGGGGACAAAGGUCUGGCCGCAGCUCGGACCCGGGGCCGAGGGGCCCCGUUCUACCCCCGCACCGCCCGACCUUCUCCGGGCACCGGAGCCACGCUGGGGCUGGGGGGAACCCCGGGGACAGGCUGGGGGGCUGGGGGCUGCUCCCAUCGCCCCACGUCCCCUUGUCCCCUUGGCCGUGGAAGGGUCACCAGCUCUGGAGCAGCCCCCGGAUACAGGGGGUCCUGUGGGGGGUGUCCCCCUGCCCAUCGAGGGGUCACUGCCGCUGCAGGGGCCACUGGGGCUGAGGGGGCUCCCAUGGGGGUGCCCCCCUUGUCCCACAGCCCCACACCAGUGUCCCUGCUCUGCUGGGCAGCGUGGCCAAACCCCUCUGGAUCCAGGGGGACAGACUGGAACUGGGGACAGAGCCAGCCCAGACCGGGGACGGGGCUCCCAGUAUGAACUGAGCAGAAGCCCGUGGAGUCCCGGGGCUCCCUGCAAGCCGGACAAUGGAGGCAGCUGCCCGCAGGACUGGCACUGAGGCCUCUGCAUCCUGCUUUGCCGGCCAUUCCCGGUGACUCCCGGCCAUUCCCGGUGAUUCCCGACCAUUCCCGGUGAUUCCCGGUGUCCCCCCGCCCGCUGUCCCGCAGGGGGUACUCCAGGGAUGUGGAGGGCAGCUGGUUCCGCUCCCUCUUCGUGCACAAGGUGGAUCCCCGCAAGGAUGCUCAUUCACCUCCUCUCCAAGAAGGAGACCAGCAACCUCUACAAGAUCCAGUUUCACAAUGUGAAGCCGGAAUGCCUGGAAGCCUACAACAAGCUGACAGAGGAGGUGCUGCCCAAGCUCCAUUCGGACCCCGACUACCCCUGUGACCUGGUGGGCAACUGGAACACGUGGUACGGCGAGCAGGACCAGGCAGUGCACCUGUGGCGCUUCUCGGGCGGGUACCCGGCGCUCAUGGACUGCAUGAACAAGCUCAGGCAGAACAAGGAGUACCUGGACUUCCGCAAGGAGAGGAGCCGGAUGCUGCUGUCCCGCAGGAACCAGCUGCUCCUGGAAUUCAGCUUCUGGAAUGAGCCCCAGCCCCGCCAGGGACCAAACAUCUACGAGCUCAGGACCUACAAGUUGAAGCCAGGGACCAUGAUCGAGUGGGGCAACAACUGGGCUCGGGCCAUCAAGUACCGCCAGGAGAAUCAGGAGGCAGUCGGGGGGUUCUUCUCCCAGAUCGGGGAGCUCUACGUGGUGCACCACCUCUGGGCCUACAGGGAUCUGCAGUCCCGGGAGGAGACCAGGAAUGCGGCCUGGAGGAAGAGGGGCUGGGAUGAGAACGUUUAUUACACCGUGCCGCUGAUCCGGACCAUGGAAUCCCGGAUAAUGAUUCCCCUGAAGAUCUCCCCCCUGCAGUGAUUUGGGGCCGUGCCAGGGGGGUCUCCCUGCACCCCCAGGGGCUCCCUGCCACGCCCUGGCCCUGCUGGGGAAGGGCUGGGGGGUUCUGCUCCCCCUGGCUCCCAGCUCUCCCCCCACCCCAUUUUGGGGUGCCCUGGGGGGGUUGAGAGCCGGGAGGGGAAGGUGGGAGCCCCCCAUCCUGUGGUGGGUCCCCAGGAUGGUGCUGCUGGGGGGGCUGUGGAGGUGGGGAGGGCUUAAUUGCUCCUGAUGGGCCCAGCGGGUGCCUUUGCUGCCAAUUAAAUAUUUAA